CCCCGCCGCCCGCAUCCGCAAGUACAACUGGAGUGUGAAGGCCAUCAGGCGCAAGACCACCGGCACUGGAAGGAUGAGGUACAUGCGCCAUGUGCCUCGCAGGUUCAAGAGCAACUUCAGAGAAGGUACCGAGGCUGCCCCCAGGAACAGGGCCGCGGCCAACUAGGUCUGGAUUUUGCCCCAUCAGGAAUCCUGUGAAGCUAGAAUUUAAAGACUUUUUGCUUGGAUUGUACCCUGCCUGAACUAUUGUUGCUAUAGAAUUGAGUAUGGAUCUGAUAUGUUUUGUUGCAUGGGUUUGGAAAUUGAUCUCUGAAUCUAAGACCAAAUUUGUCUGAAUGUUACGAGUACUUGAUCA